AUUCGAUCACAACAACAUAAAGUUGGCGGCUGUGUAAGUUUUCGACAAUCUGAUUUAUUCAAGUUAUUUUUAUUCUGUAAUAUUAAUUUUAAAUUUUUAUAAUUUGACAUGGAGACAGAUGCACAUAUGAUGUCUCAGCAAUAUGCACAAGCUCAACCACCACAAAUACAACAUCCACCAGCUCCACAGCCAACUCGAGAAAUGCAACAGACUACUGCACCAACAUCAGCAGAUGCCUGUUUAAGUAUUGUUCAUAGUUUAAUGUGCCACCGGCAAGGAUGGGAAAGUGAAGGAUUUGCAAAACGAGCUAUUGAGUCAUUAGUGAAAAAACUAAAGGAAAAAAGAGAUGAAUUAGAUAGUCUCAUAUUAGCCAUAACAACCAAUGGCUCUCAUCCUAGUAAAUGUGUUACUAUUCAAAGAACAUUGGAUGGAAGAUUACAAGUUGCUGGUAGAAAAGGAUUUCCACAUGUUAUUUAUGCAAGAAUAUGGCGUUGGCCAGAUCUUCAUAAAAAUGAACUCAAACAUUUAAAAUAUUGUCAGUAUGCAUUUGAUUUGAAAUGUGAUUCAGUGUGUGUAAAUCCUUAUCAUUAUGAAAGAGUUGUAUCACCGGGUAUAGAUUUAAGUGGUUUAACAUUGCAAAGUGGUUCAUCAACAAACGGUUCGGGGAGAAUAAUUGGACUUAGAGAUGAAUAUACUGCUGGAGGAGGAGGAAUGUCCCCAUCUCCACCAGGUUCUAGUCAGGUUAGUAGUUCCAACAUGGACAGUGACGUAUCAGGUAAUAGUCCAGCUGUAACUGUACAACAUCAUUUGCCUCCCAUGUAUCAUCAACCAAAUACAAGCUCUGAUGUAUCUCAAUCACCAUCUGUAUCUCAACCUCCAGGAAAUAUUGAUAUGUUUCGAUCUACACAACAACAGCAACGCCCAAGUCAUCCAAUGGGUAUAAAUUCUCAAGUACAGGUUAAGACCGAAUCAUGUAACAGUUGGAUGUCAGGAACACCUUCACAUGUAUCCCCUAAUAGACCUCCCAACAUACCAUUACAAAAUACAAAUAUGUUUAGUGGACAAAAUGAAGACAAUUUGUUACCUAGUCAAACAAUUACUCCUCAUGAUUACCAAGGACCAGCAGCCUCAAUGCCUGGUACAACAACAGGUAACCGAACUGUUCAAAGUACUCUUACAUAUACACAUUCAAUGCAACCUCCGCAUCCUACAUUCUGGGGAGUAUCUGAAAUGGGUUUAAGUGGAUUAUUGUCUUCACAGCCAGCCCCCGAGUAUUGGUGUUCAAUUGCUUAUUUUGAAUUAGAUACUCAAGUUGGUGAAACAUUUAAAGUUUCAAGCACUUGCCCACAUGUGACUGUUGAUGGUUAUGUUGACCCAUCUGGAAGUAACAGAUUUUGUUUAGGCGCUCUGAGUAAUGUACACAGAACUGAACAGAGUGAAAAGGCAAGAUUACACAUUGGUAAAGGUAUUCAACUGGAUUUGAUAGGAGAAGGAGAUGUUUGGUUAAAGUGUCAAAGUGAUCAUUCGGUUUUUGUACAAUCUUAUUACUUAGACAGAGAAGCUGGCCGAGCUCCAGGAGAUGCUGUACAUAAAAUCUAUCCUCAUGCAUAUAUUAAAGUGUUUGAUUUAAGACAAUGUUAUAGGCAAAUGCACCAACAAGCUGAAACUGCUCAAAAUGCUGCUGCAGCUCAAGCAGCUGCUGUAGCAGGACAUUUAGCUGGACCACAUAGUGUUGGUGGAAUUGCACCUGCUAUUAGUUUCAAUGCUGCUGCUGGUAUUGGUGUAGAUGAUUUAAGGAGGUUAUGUAUAUUAAGGCUAAGUUUUGUUAAAGGAUGGGGUCCUGAUUAUCGACGUAGUAGUAUUAAAGAAACUCCCUGUUGGAUUGAAGUUCACCUACACAGAGCAUUGCAACUUUUAGAUGAAGUAUUGCAUUCUAUGCAAAUUGAUGGUCCUUCAAGAGCCUAAUAAACAAGUUUACAUAAUUUAAGUUCAAGUGUAGUAAGUUAAUUUUAAACAUAAAGGAACUGGUACUUUGUUCUGAUGAACGAAAGCUUAUUUGAAAGUUAAAUUUACUAAGUACUGGUAUUUGGUAUUUUGUAAAUUUUUAGAAGACCUUAGUUAAGGUUUUUUCUUUAAUUGCCUCAAGGAUUUUUAAUUUGUUUAAAUAAUGUCGAGAAAAACUUAUUAAUAUUGACUUAAUUAAUUAUAAACACUUACAGAAGAAUCUAUUAUCAUCCUUGUUUAUUGCAAGAUUUUUAAUAUAAAGAUUCAAUUUAAAUUAUUUUUAUAUAUUUAUUCAUUUAAAUUGAAUGGACUAUUGUUUUAUUUUUUAUGUUAAUUUAUUUUGCGUUGGGAAAGAAAAAUAAAGGUAUUUUCAUACCCUCCAAAAAUGUUUGUUGUGUGUAAAUAUUUGAUUCUGUGUUACUUGUUACUCAUUUUUGCAUCAGUAUUUUAAUGUAAUAAUUUUCAAAUUAUGUUACUUAAAAAAAUAAUACAUCUCUUAAAUGAUAGAGAACAAUUUUGCUCAUUUUAUUUAGGUGUUAAUUUUUUUACUACCUCAUCUCUUAUUUUUUAUGUUUAAUGUUUAGAAUUGUAUCCUAUGAGCCUUUAAAUUUAAGCUUUAAUAAAUAUAAUUAUGCUGCUAUUUUUUAUAAACUAUAAUUUUUAUGGAUUGUAUUUAAUCAAUUAUAAUGUUCAUAGUUUUCCUACCAUUAAAAAUUAAUUAGGGGUUAACUUUGUAAUUUUAUGUUUUAUUUACCAUUGUUUAUUUUAUUUCAUUUUUUGUAAAUUUUCGAGAGAUUUUAAACCAUAUGAAUGUUUUUUAUUUUAUUUUUCUAUUCUAUUAAUGCAGUUACCAUAACUGAUUUUUUUCUGCUGAAUACUAUUUUUCCAAAUGUAAAUGUUUUAUAUAAAUGGAGAUAUCUAUUUU